AUGGCAAGCAGUAAGCAUAGAAAGAAUAUAUUAGACUUAGUUUUGGUGGAGGGUGUGAGGUUAGAGGAUCCAGUGCUGGUGAAACAAGAGGUGGUUAGGCACUUUAGUCAGCAAUUUUUUGAGCAAUGGAUUCAAAGGCCAAAAAUGUCAAGCCUUUUUGCCACUAUUAGCCUUGAGGCAGCAGUGAGUUUGGAAGAUAUAUUUACUGAAGUUGAGAUUUGGGAAGUAAUCCAAGACUGUGAUGGGAACAAGGCCCCUGGUCCUAAUGGUUUUAACCUGGCCUGCAUUCAAAGUUAUUGGAAAAUAAUGAAAAGGGAAAUAAUUCAGUUGAUCCAUGAGUUUCACACCAAUGGUAAGUUGUCAAGAGGGAUUAACAAUUCAUUUAUUGUUCUUAUCCCUAAGAAGGACAAUCCUAUAGGAUUGGAGGACAAUAGACCAAUUAGAUUGGUCAGUUCAGUCUAUAAAAUCUUGGCCAAGGUGUUAUCUAGAAGACUUAAGAGGGUUCUUCCAACUGUGAUAAGUGAGGUUCAGUCUGCCUUUGUUUGUGGAAGGUACAUCCUAGAUGGGGUGUUAAUAGCAAAUGAGGUAGUAGAUGGAUGGAAGAGAUCUAAGAAGAAUGGGAUUAUACUCAAGUUAGAUUUUGAGAAAGCAUAUGACUCAAUAAAUUAG